CUGUAGAAUGAGGAAGUUCCUACGGUGUGAUAGUGGUUUCUUCAGGCGUGCUUCUCCUCCACGUCCGUUCUCUGUCAGAUACCAGCAUCGACACACUGAAACGGGACGAUUCACAGCUUCUUCGCCUGGGGCAUAGCAGUCUAACGUGGACUGAGAUAAUUUCAUUUCACUAUGGGAGCAUCUUCUUCAAGUCUGCUGGAUGAGACUAAAUCCAACUACAUCAGAGGUCGUGCGGAGGCUGAGUUGAAGAACUUCAGUCCCCACUACAGACAGCAGUACUUUGUAGCCUUCUUCUCUCAGCUGCAGGAGGAGGUGGAGCAACACAAAGAGACCCACACACAGCUGCUUAAACAGAGGGAGCCCCUUAGGCCAGAGGAAGUGCUGUAUCAGGACAGUGUUCUGCACUAUGACGACAGCGGGAAGUGGAAGGAGAGGUUUGUGGUGAUGAGAGCCAAUCACAGCCUGGAGUGUCAUGACAACCAGGAGAGCUUCAGUAAAGGUGUUCCGGCCAGACAGAGACUCCUACCAACAGGGGGCGUAGUUCUGACAUCCGAGGAGAAGUACACAGCGCUGGUGGACAAGGCCUUCCCUGACCCUAAAUGUUUGAAGGAGGAGACAUCUCCCCCCAUGGUAGUGGUACCUCCUGGUCAGUUCCCUGUGUUCCUCAGACUGCCCUACAGACGAGACGUGUACUUCAGCUUCCCCCAGGAGGACCGACGAGCGACCUUCCUCUCCAUCCUCACGGGCUGCAUCAGGCACCAGAACCACGAUUCUCUGAGAAGGUCGUCCUGUGAGUCUCAGGCGUUCCUCAAGGCCAUACAUUUCUACCGGCAGGAAAAAGGACACUAUGAGUCCUGGGACAUGCUGGUGGGCUGUGAGGAGCAGGUCCUAGCCAAUUUGGUUUUGGAGGAGCUUCAACCCUCUCUACAGACAGAACUGCUGGCCAGACUAAAGGGAAAGAAAGCAGGGAGGAAAAGAGUCUGGUUCACUACGUUGGAAGCCGCGUACCACCUGGUCCAGGACCAGCUGAGGGAGGGUCUGAAAGGUCUGAAGGAGGAGUGUAAAGAGACAGCCAGGUCUCAUGAAGCUCUGCUUCGUUCUGAUAUGGACCAGAUAGCCAGUUCUAGAAUCUUCCUGCAGGCCAAGCUACAAGCCUCCGUCAGUGAUCCGGCAGUAAAGUUCUGCAGUGAGAACGUGUCUCCGUACCUGGCGUCCAUCUUGGAAGAGCUGAUGUCUCCGGUGACGGGGGGCUUCCAGGGGCUCCGGCUUCUCCUGGAAGGGGAAAUAAACGCUCUCUGUGUGAGCUUCCCCGAGGAAGGGGGGCAGGAGGGGUUAAACCAGGCACUGGGGCAGAUGUGCCAGGCAAGUCUGGAGGAGUGUUACCAGGAAGUGGAGGUCCUGACAGAACGGCUUCAGGAACUCAGGCAUCGCUUCAAGUUCUCCAACUCAGUUCGUCUGAUCCACUGCACGCAGAUAGACAUGCAACAGCUGAUGGAGAAUGCUGUGUACACCUUUACAUUGCUCCUCCAGAGCUCACUGAAAGACAACCCUUCCAAUCUCACCUCAGCCAUGGAGAAAGCAAAGGUCAGAGUCCUCAAGCAGUACGACCAUGAUAGUAGCACGGUGAGAAAGAGGAUCUUUCAGGAGGCUCUGGUUGACAUCACGCUUCCUGCUAUCAGGAGGAACCUGGCUCCGGCACACAAACCGGACUUGCAGAAGUUGGACCAGUACAUCUUUGCUGAUUACACCAACUUCAUCAAAGUGGAAAACGUUUAUGAAGAUAUUCUACUGAACAUUCUGACCAUCGAGGUCGACAAAGUGGUGAAAGAAGCUGCCAGUCUGAGGAAGAACAACUUGAUGGUGGACAGUAUUGACCUGCAGAGUGCCAGCCAGAGCAGCCUGGCAGACAGUCGCACCCCUCCUCUCUCCGCCCCCGCCAGCCCUGCCAAGAUGGCCGUCUCUGGGCUGAGCAGACAGGCCGAGCGGGCACCUUCUCCCCUGGUGGGAAACUCGUCUUCUAGCACUGGGAAGCUGGAGGUGGAAGGUGGCCCAGUGGUCCCAGAUAUGGCUGCCCUCACUCCUCCUGUCAUUGUCAUAACACCACAAAGUGAGGCUCCAGACCCAGCCCCACUCUCACCCUCUGCCCCAGCACAUAUAUUUACCUAUACUGCUGAUGUCUCUGUAGCAGAGCCUGAUACCCCUUCACCUCUACCUGAAGUGUCCUCUGCUGAAAGCGAUUACCCCUCUGGUGCUGCCUCAACCAAACCUGAUGCUUCCUUAGUCUAUCAUGACGCCCCUUUGGCCACAAUCAUACCUUCUGGCCCCUCCCCCCAGGCUUCUCUUCCUGUGGCUGAACCAGCUUCCCAGACACCUGAAGUUACAGACACAGCCAAAGCAUCCCAACCACCAGGAACUGAAGACAAACCAGACACAGCCAAAGCAUCCCAACCACCAGGAACUGAAGACAAACCAGACACAGCCAAAGCAUCCCAACCACCAGGAACUGAAGACAAACCAGACACAGCCAAAAAAGCAUCCCAACCACCAGGAACUGAAGACAAACCAGACACAGACAAAGCCAGAAACAGCCCAGUGAGUGACGACAGUGUGUCGGUGUGUGUCGAGGCUCUAUCACCAAUGAGUAUGAUUCUUCCUGAGGUCACAGUGCUCUCCACUGGUCAGAGACAGAGAAAAACCACAGACAGAGCAGUCUACCUGAAAACUCCUGCAGGGGUGAAGGAGGGGGCAUCUGUACCUCUCACCGUGGACGAGAAGCAAGAGGAGGAAGAACAUCUUUGUAAAGAGGCAGAGAACACAGAAGCACAUCACAUUUGUACAGCCCUAUCCAACGCCCAUAUAGAAACUGUAGACGGUGAUUCGGUCCACUCUGACACCACUCCAGAAAUGAAAGCUAGUGGUACAGUCCAAACUAGCUCAUCUACCCAAGCCAGAGAGACUGAACCAGCCUCCCUGACUCAGAAUGACCUUAACCCCACAGGAUCAGAGAUGCAGCAUGGAGGCAGUGAGGACAGAGCGACAGUUACCUCCGUCACUAGAGUUACUGUCACUGAGAGAGAGGGUGCCCUGCUUGUAUGCAAUACCCUGGUCACAUCACCAGAGGGUGCUACUACUCCACUCACUGGGCCUGGGGAGGGUGUAGUGGAGGCAGGGGACAGAGGAGUGGCUCUGGGGGAUGUAGUGGAGGCAGGGGACAGAGGAGAAGCUCUGGGGCUACAGUCUAACACAGUGGGUAUUGAGGGAUUGGAGGGAGAGGAGGAGGAAGAGAAGGAAGAGGAGGAAGCGGUUCCACUGGAUAGUGUGAAGUCCAUCCGUGACUUGGUGAUGGAGGUAGUGGAGGUAGAAGAGCUGAUACAGAGGUGUCCCCCAGGAAACAGCACUCCCUAGCUGGGGAAAGAACGACUAGGGGGGUGUACCAACAGCAGAGCAAUCAACUGUGUUCAUUUUGAACCCAAUUCAACAUCUAUUAACUAUUUCUAUGUCAAAUAAAUUACUGAAAAUGUUUACUUCUACAGACUGAUAGAAAUUGAGGAGGUAAUUAUGUCUCUCCUCAGAGGAGCACACAGAUUGGAGAAGAAAUAAAACUGACCAAAUAACAUAACUUUAACAUCUGAUAGCUAUACUAACAGGACUGCCAUUGGUGCAGCAGAGAUGUAUUAUAUAUAUAUAUAUAUACACUGCUCAAAAAAAUAAAGGGAACACUUAUACAACACAAUGUAACUUCAAGUCAAUCACACUUCUGUGAAAUCAAACUGUCCACUUAGGAAGCAACACUGAUUGACAAUAAAUUUCACAUGCUGUUGUGCAAAUGGAAUAGACAACAGGUGGAAAUUAUAGGCAAUUAGCAAGACACCCCCAAUAAAGGAGUGGUUCUGCAGG